GUGACAUCUCCUCGUUCGUGAGGUGUUUGUGUUUUCUCCAUUCUUUUAGUAUUGCUUUGACCUCCUUGCUAGUAGAACGGCUAGCGGGCGGUGCCGGUUCCACCGUACUCGGAGUCGUACAUGAAAAAGACGGUGACUUUAGCCUUUUCUGCGGUGGAGCUGGUCGUCGUGGUCAUUUGUGAUCGUCCGGGUGAUGCUGGGGGGUGGGGACUCUCUGCUGGUGUGUGGCUGUGGCUGCCACUGGUGUUAGUUGUAUGCUGGACGCCACAGAGAUCAGGUUCUCAUAAAAAGUUUUUAACGACGGCUCAACUCACAUCCACAGGCACUGCAUGUGUCACAGAGACAAGGCCGGCGAGGAGUCCAAGGAAAAGGGAAAGACGACUCAAGAUCAUCAUCUGGGGUAGUAUAUAUACUAAGCACUAUUGUACGUGUUUUCUUCAAGUUAUAGAUGUGUGGUACUUUGAGGGUGAACUGGCCAGCAGUAUUCCCCGUAGCUUCGGAAGUUGGUGGUUCGAGGAAAAAAGAGGCUCCGGAUCAAUGAUAUCGACUGUUACCAUCCUCCUAUCCUAUCCAUCUUCAGGCGCUGCGUCCGCCGUCAGUGUCCCUUAUUCUCCUGCCUGUCCGGUAUCACCUGGUAUCACCUACGGAGUCAAGCAGAAUCGAUCACCGUACGUUCUAAUGCUACCACGCAUUGAUCGUGUUUCAUGCUGUUUCAUGUAAGUCGGAGGAAAGCAAAGGUUACACCGGGGCUUGUUUCAAGAACCUUCAUGAGCAUCUUCAAGUUUUGCAUUCCGAUUUGGGAAAAUCGUAGGACGACGCGUAGCCUCGCGUACCUUUUAUCCGAUAAGCUCAUGAAAAAUUUUCGCGCCUGAGUCCUGAAAGGGCCCCGUGGAAGAGAUAUAAUAGUGAGACGUUCGUAGAAGAAAUUUCUCUUUAUUACUCUUUGUCCGUCAUAGCCCUGGUUCGGUUCGUC